UCUCUUUAAACUCCGCUACUCCAGCGAAGUUGGCUUGGCGAGCGAAUAGCGACACCCAAUUGCUAGUUCAGUUCUGUUCAGUUCUGUUCAGUUCGCUGAUGUGAUGGCUGACCGAUCAACUCCCGCAGCCCCACCGCUGAUGCAGACUCACCCGCAGUUGCAUUCCCCCACGUCGUCGCCGGCCUCCGCCGAAUCUGGUUUCUGGGUCGGCCAGAGAGUCCAUUUCACUUCACAACCCAGAAGAACCGGAGCCGUCAAGUACGUGGGUCCCGUGCAAGGCUACUCCGGUGAUUGGGUGGGAGUAGACUGGGAUGCUCCCGGCGAGGGAAAGCACGAUGGAUCCCACAAUGGCGUCAGAUAUUUCACGGCCAGGGGACCCUAUACCGCAUCCUUCGUGCGCCCCCAUAAUUUGAGCUCCGGCAUCUCCCUACUUGAAGCCCUAAAAACUCGAUAUCGAACUGCCACUACGAAAGACGAAGAAGAUGAGAUGUAUGUCUUUUCUGCAAGACACAAAAGAGUGUCUAUUCAGCUCCUUGGGAAAGAUAAAAUUGAAGACAAGCUGAGUCGAUUUGAGGAGCUGAAGACUGCAUCAUUAUCAUAUCUAGGGGUUAGUUUUUGUGAGUCAGCUGACCAAGUCACUAAAACUCUACCUAAUUUGAAGGAGCUUGACUUGAGCGGAAACCUACUUUCCGAUUGGCAAGAUGUUGGCAUAAUAUGUCAAGGAUUGCCAGCUCUCACAGAUCUCAAUAUAUCCAGUAAUUCCAUGUCUUCUAAUGUAACCAUUAUGCCCCAGCUAAGCAACAUUUGUGUUUUGGUAUUGAACCAUACUGGAGUACUUUGGGAGCAGGUUGAAAUUCUUAGGGAUUCUAUUCCCCAUGUGGCGGAGUUGCAUCUCAUGGAAAAUAAUUUGAAAAGAAUAACGCCACUGUCUUCCACUUUUGUCCAAGGAUUUAAAUCUUUGAAACUUCUUAACCUCGAACAUAAUUGUUUAUCCGAUUGGGAUGAAAUUGUAAAGCUCUCGCAGCUACCCAGUCUGGAGCAGCUUUAUUUAAACUACAAUAAUUUGAAUCAUAUCUGGUAUCCUGAAUGUGAGAAAUUGGAUGAACCAUCCAAUGAGAUUGAAUCCCCUGGGAAAAGUUUCAGGCCUUUUGAGAAUUUGCAUGGCCUCUCUUUGGGGAGCAACAAUAUUGAAGACCUGGGAUCUGUUGAUUCUCUGAACUCCUUCCCUAACUUGAUGGAUGUUAGGCUAUCUGAUAAUCCAGUUGCAGAUCUUGGAAAAGGUGGUGUCCCUAGAUUUGUGUUUAUUGCUCGUUUAGCCAAAGUUAAAAUACUUAACGGAAGCGAGGUUAGUCCUCGAGAAAGGAAGGAUUCUGAAAUUCGGUACAUACGCCUGGUCAUGUCAAAGUUUCAUGGCAGUUCUGCAGAUGUAUUGAGGCUGCAUCCAAGGUUUCUUGAGCUCAGACAGAUCCAUGGAAUUGAUGAUGAGAAACCAUCCACGGGAGCAUCAGGCCCUCAAAAAUUGGCAUUAACAUUAAUUUCUGUUUCCUUGAAAUGUACUGGAGCAUCAAUGGGUGAAAAACCGUUGGUGGUGAAAAAGUUGCCUGCAACCACAACGGUAGGAAAGCUCAAGAACCUGUGCGAGAGUUUCUUCAAGUUGAAGUCUGUUAAGCCUGUACUGUUUCUUCAAGAAGAGGGCGCACCAUUACCCGCACUACUUGAGGAUGACAUGGCGUCACUUGUGGAGCUUGGCAUUGGCAAUGACUCCACCAUUCUCGUAGAUGAGCGCCCUUGAGUGAGGUUGAGGUUGAGGGUUGUGAGUGAGUCCUGUAUGCAUGCAUGCAUGCAUGUAUGUCUGUAUGUACGUAAUUCUCCUCCCCAUGCCAAUUGUUGGCCAAUCUCCCAUCCCAUUGGCAGACAAUGUGGGCUUUGUUUCUGUACUAUGCUACACGAUGCUGUACUAUAGAGGGAGGGGGUUCUUUCUAUGCAUAUUUGUGGUCAUGUGAGAUUCAGUAAUUCAUUUAAACUAACUUGCAGCAGCA